CAUCCAUCUACAACUUCAUCCCUCCUCCCUACACAACCUUCUCGAUACCAAACAACAGCUACACAUAUACGGGCCUCCUCUCUCACAACUAACCCCAACAUCCACCCCACAAACCACACACCAAUCCAAUCUACAAUGACCACCACCUACACCCCGCAACCCCUCUACGGCGGCGCCAUCAAAGCCCUCAUUCCCAACAACUGGAUUGACGCAAGCACACUGCGCCAAAUCCCCGACCACCAAGAACUCUACCUCUCACCCACCACCCUCUCAACCCUAAUCUACGAGAUCAACGAAUACGUCCCCACCAGCACCAGCCUCACAACAUUAACCAACUACACGCAUCUCCUCCCUCCCUCCCAAGCUCAAUCCCAAUCUCACAACCAAGAGAAACAAAGAGGCCAGGAAUCCCUCGAUCGCGCAGCCGUAAUCUACCAUUUACAUGAUCUACUCGACGAGGGCGAUGAACUUGACAUGAUUAUUCCUCCGACGAGAGUCACAGUAGGAAAGGGAUUUGAGGAAAAAGGGAAGGGGAGAAGAUAUACAGGCUGUGCGGUAUUCAAAUCUACAUCUAAGUGGAAGGAAACGACAACCAAAUGCUGGUUUCUGGUUGUGAGGUUGGAAGAGCAGGAAACUGAUCUGGUGGUUUGGGGGAAUGUGCCGGGGGGGGAACUUUCUGGGGAGGAGUUGAGGAUGGAGGAGGAGGGCAUGGGGGCGUUGGUUGGGGCUUUGGGGCGGGAGUUGAAGGUCGUGGAGUGGGAUUUGUUUGGGUAG